AUGACAGAUCUGCAACUGCUAAUGGAAAUACUACAGGAUCCAGAUAUUACUCAACAAAAAUUUCAUGAAAUUAAAAAUGACAUAAUAUCUCAUAUAAAUAAUCAAAAUUUAAAAAUCAACCAAUACGAGUCUGCAUUAAGUGAAAUAGGGACAGUUGUAAUGACUGUUGCUAUGGGUGACUUGUCAAAAAAAGUGGAAAUCCACCCUAAGGAACUUCCACAAAUUCUCAAGGUUAAAAUUACUAUUAAUACCAUGAUGGAUCAACUACAAACAUUUGCUGGUGAAGUUAUGAAAGUUGCUACUGAGGUUGCCAAUGGUGAAUUAGGUGGGCAAGCCAAAAAUGAUAAUUCUGCUGGUAUUUGGAGAAGUUUAACAGAUAAUGUCAAUAUUAUGGCUUUGAAUUUAACCAAUCAAGUUAGAGAAAUUGCUGAUGUAACUAGAGCUGUAGCUAGAGGUGAUUUAAGUAGGAAAAUUAAUGUUCAUGCACAAGGAGAAAUUCUACAAUUACAAAUGACAAUCAAUACAAUGGUUGAUCAAUUAAGAACUUUUGCUUUUGAAGUUUCCAAAGUUGCAAGAGAUGUUGGUGUUUUAGGUAUAUUGGGAGGUCAAGCUUUGAUCGAAAAUGUUGAGGGUAUUUGGAAAGAAUUAACUGAUAAUGUAAAUGCAAUGGCAUUGAAUUUGACAACGCAAGUCAGAAAUAUUGCAAAUGUUACAACAGCUGUGGCUAAAGGCGAUUUAUCUAAAAAAGUUACUGCUGAUUGUAAAGGUGAGAUUUUACAAUUAAAAUCAACAAUAAAUCAAAUGGUGGAUCGUUUACAAAAUUUUGCAUAUGAAGUUACAACAUUGAGUAGAGAAGUUGGUACUUUAGGUAUAUUAGGUGGACAAGCUAAUGUUAAAGAUGUAGAAGGUGCUUGGAAAGCUGUUACUGAAAAUGUUAAUUUGAUGGCUACAAAUUUAACUAAUCAAGUUAGAUCGAUUGCAACUGUUACUACUGCUGUUGCUCAUGGAGAUUUAUCACAAAAAAUUGAUGUUCAUGCUCAAGGUGAAAUUUUACAAUUGAAAAAUACAAUAAACAAGAUGGUGGAUUCAUUACAAUUAUUUGCUUCUGAAGUUUCAAAAGUUGCAAGAGAUGUUGGUAUUAAUGGUAAAUUGGGUAUUCAAGCUCAAGUUAGUGAUGUCGAUGGUUUAUGGAAAGAGAUUACUUCCAAUGUAAAUACAAUGGCUUCUAAUUUAACCUCACAAGUUAGAGCUUUUGCUCAAAUUACAGCUGCAGCAACCGAUGGUGACUUUACAAGAUUUAUUACUGUUGAAGCAAGUGGUGAAAUGGAUGCUUUGAAGACGAAGAUUAAUCAAAUGGUUUUGAAUCUUAGAGAAUCAAUUCAAAGAAACACUGCUGCAAGAGAAGCUGCCGAAUUAGCAAAUAGUGCAAAAUCUGAAUUUUUAGCAAACAUGUCACAUGAAAUUAGAACACCUUUAAAUGGUAUAAUUGGUAUGACUCAAUUAUCAUUAGAUACUGAAUUAACUCAAUAUCAAAGGGAAAUGUUAUCAAUUGUACAUAAUUUAGCAAAUUCUUUAUUAACAAUUAUUGAUGAUAUAUUAGAUAUUUCCAAAAUUGAAGCAAAUAGAAUGACAGUUGAACAGAUUGAUUUUAGUUUGAGAAAUACCGUAUUUGGAGCUUUGAAAACUUUAGCUGUAAAAGCAAUUGAAAAGAAUUUAGAUUUAAUAUAUCAAUGUGACUCUUCAUUUCCUGACAAUUUGAUUGGUGAUUCAUUUAGAUUGAGACAAGUUAUCUUGAACUUGGCCGGUAAUGCAAUCAAAUUUACUAAAGAAGGUAAAGUGAGCGUCUCAGUUAAAAAAUCUUCAAUUGAAACAAAUGAAAAUAAAUUGUUACUCGAAGUUUGUGUUAGUGACACAGGUAUUGGUAUUGAAAAGGAUAAAUUGGGUUUAAUUUUUGAUACAUUUUGUCAAGCUGAUGGAUCGACAACAAGAAAAUUUGGAGGUACAGGUUUAGGUUUGUCAAUUUCAAAACAAUUGAUUCAUUUAAUGGGUGGUGAAAUUUGGGUUACAUCAGAAUAUGGAUCAGGAUCAAAUUUUUAUUUUACAGUUAGUGUUUCACCUUCAAAUAUUAGGUAUACAAGACAAACUGAACAAUUAUUACCAUUUAGUUCCCAUUACGUUUUAUUUGUUUCAAUUGAACAUAGUGAUGGUGAAUUGAAAAAUAUCGAAAAUGCUAUGAUAGAAUUAGGUUUGAAUCCAAUUAUUGUACGUAAUAUUGAAGACGCUAAUUUAUCAGAACCAAUCAAAUAUGACAUUAUAAUGAUUGAUUCCAUUGAAAUUGCAAAAAAAUUGAGAUUAUUAAGUGAAGUGAAAUAUAUUCCAUUAGUAUUGGUUCAUCAUUCAAUUCCAGAAUUAAACAUGAGACUUUGUAUUGAUUUAGGUAUAUCAUCCUACGGUAAUACUCCAUGCUCAAUGACUGAUUUAGCAAGUGCUUUGAUCCCUGCAUUAGAGUCAAGGUCUAUUUCACAAAAUUCAGAUGAAUCAGUAAGUUAUAAAAUUUUAUUAGCUGAAGAUAAUUUAGUUAACCAAAAGUUAGCUGUUAGAAUCUUGGAAAAACAAGGUCAUCACGUUGAAGUUGUUGAAAAUGGUUUAGAAGCUUAUGAAGCAAUUCAAAAAUUCAAAUUUGAUGUUGUAUUAAUGGAUGUUCAAAUGCCAGUUAUGGGGGGAUUCGAGGCAACUGAAAAUAUACGUCAAUGGGAAAAAAAAUCAAAUCCUAUUGAUUCGCUAAGUUUUAGAACUCCAAUCAUUGCUUUAACAGCUCAUGCUAUGUUGGGUGAUCGUGAAAAAUCUUUAGCUAAAGGUAUGGAUGAUUAUGUUUCAAAACCAUUAAAACCAAAAUUAUUAAUGCAAACAAUUAAUAAGUGUAUUCAUAAUAUUAAUCAAUUAAAAGAAUUAUCAAAACAAGACAAUAAUAAUAGAACGUCGAGUUUUGCAAAGAAUUUGAAAAAAGGAGCUAUAAAAAAUGGUAAUGGUAACUUAUUGAAGUUAAGUAAUAACAGUCCAAUUAAACUCAAUUUAACUUCUCCAACUACGUCAUCUAACGGUAAGGACAUAUUCAAUCGUUCGAAAUCGUCGUCUUCACCGGUCUCAUCAUCUUCAUCGACAAAGUCCACAAUUUCAUUAAAUGAAAGUCCAUCCAAAUCAAACAAUCUACUUCGACCAGGUCAAUUAUCAUCAACAAAUCGCUCAGUAACUGAAAGUGACAUACCUUAUAAAAGGCCAAGAAUAGCCGAAGUAUAUGACAAUGAUUCGAUGGAUGUGGAUGAGUCAUAG